AUAUAGGUCGUGACCAAGCUGAUCGAUCCUUACCACAUGAGUGGUUCAGGAGACGACGACCAAAAGCAACACAGACACUAAUCGCGGAGCACAAGACGCUCCGAACCCUAAGCGGACAAGCCUAUAACAACGGCCCUUAUACUUCAAGCACUGGUACCAACUGA